AUGGAGCCACACAGUGGGAUGGAUUUGACGGAGCUAAACGCAACAGCGAAGCUCCUAUUGGAGCACAACGCACGUAUUGAUGCAUCGGUGGAAAAUGGAACAACAGUGCUCGCAGACGCAGCGGAGCGGUGCCGUGUAGACAUUGUGAAGCUGCUGUUGGAAUUGGGGGCCAACCCUCAUAAGCAGGACGCUGACGGAUUUACGGCACUGGAUUACAUGGCGGAAGGGAACGGAGGUUGUGCUGGCAACAAACCGGUGUUUGAGAAAACGAAGAACCUCCUUCUGCACGGACUGCUGCCAGCAACCUUGUGA